AUGGUUAUGGCACCUUCGGCUAGCGACCUCCCAAGACUUUAUUUCAAUGAUAAUGUGCAUGACAAAUUUAAACAUGUCGAAUGUCCAGACGAUGAAACUCGCGGCAAAUCCCACUUGGCUGAAGCCAGAGCCGCGUCCAGACAGCUUGUCGUCGACAUCCUGAAGAACAAGGCUGCUGCUGUCGACACCAAGACCUGCUACCCUGGAGAAGAGGACCCGUUCUACGUUGCUGAUCUCGGAGAAAUCUAUCGCCAGCAUAUCCGCUGGAAGACCAACCUUCCUCGCGUCAAGCCUUUCUAUGCUGUGAAAUGCAACCCAAACCCUCAGGUCCUCCGUCUCAUGGCCGUUUUGGGUAAUGGCUUUGACUGUGCAUCCAAAGCCGAAAUCGACCUUGCUCUCGCUGCCGGUGUUGACCCGAGUCGCAUCAUCUACGCUCAUCCAUGCAAGACCAAGUCGUACCUGCGCUAUGCAUCCCAGAUUGGUGUCAAGCAGAUGACCUUUGACAACACCGACGAGCUCUACAAAAUCAAAGACAUGUGCCCGGAUGCGGAGCUCUAUCUGCGUAUCUUGACCGACGACUCCGCCAGCUUGUGCCGUCUGAGCAUGAAGUUUGGUGCUUCGCUCUCCUCAGCGCGCCCGCUCCUUGAACUUGCUCAUACACUGGGGCUUAAUGUCGUUGGCGUCAGCUUCCACGUCGGCUCCGGAGCCGAGGACCCCAAGUCGUUCAUCAAGGCUGUCCAGGAUGCUCGCUUCGUCUUCGACCGUGCUGCGGAAAUCGGAUUCGACCUGAAGGUUCUCGAUGUCGGGGGUGGAUUUUCUGACGACACCUUCGAGCCCUUCGCUGCUGCGCUUGGGGAAGCGCUGGACACCUACUUCCCGCCGCACAUUCGAGUCAUCGCCGAGCCGGGACGUUACUACGUGGCCACCGCGUUCACUCUGGCUGCCAACGUCAUCGCCCGUCGCGACGUUGGCGCCGAAGAGCCGCUGUCCGACUCCGAGUCAGACUCCGCCAGCCCUAGCCGCGCGUCCACUCCUACUUCCAGCGGUGCUUACAUGAUCUACCUGAACGAUGGCGUGUACGGCAACUUCUCGAACAUUGUCUUCGAUCACCAGCAUCCAGUUGCUCAGAUCCUGACCAAGGACGACGACUACACCUCUGCACCCAUCGAGUACUCUAUCUGGGGCCCAACCUGCGAUGGUAUUGACGUCAUCAGCAAGCGCAUCACUCUGAAUGGCCUCCUUGGCGUAGGCAACUGGCUCUACUUUGAGAACAUGGGAGCCUACACUCAGUGCAGUGCUACGCGUUUUAACGGAUUCACAGACAAGCAUGAGGUCAUCUAUAUUGUCACUGAGCCAGGUGCGGCGGCGCUUCUAGGCUAUUAA